AUGAGCGAAGUGCAGCUGUACACGCGGGCGGACGUCGCCGCGCGCACCGGACGCGACAACGGCCCAAUCUGGAUCAUCUACAAGGACGCCGUCUACGAUAUCACCACCUACAUCGGCGAGCACCCAGGGGGCGACGUGAUCCUCGAGGAAGCCGGCAGAGACUCAACGAAAGCAUUCGACGAGGUCGGCCACACGUCCGAUUCCAGGGUGAUACUGUCCAAGUACAAGAUCGGGGAGAUCGUUGAGGAGGAGAGAGUUUACGACGCUAACGGAAAAAAGAAGAAACGCGUGGUGGCCGCUCAGCCCGAGGGGGGGUCCAGGAGCUGCAUGAGCAUAAUCUCGUGCGGCCUGCUCGCC